AGAAAAGUACCGAAGUGUUCUCCGUUCUCGACUGAAUUUUUUGUUUGAAUUUAUUUGAUUGAGAUUUCAGCUAAGAAUACAUAAUAAAUAUCAUCGAUUUAUUUACAAUUUCAAUCAGCACAAAAUGUCAGACACACCGGAUAAUACUCCAUCUGAGGCUGCUAAACCAAAAAUCAAACAUGACUGGUAUCAAACCGAGUCUCAAGUAGUUGUCACAAUUUUGCUCAAAAAUAUUCCCAGCGAUAAAGUUAAAGUACAUUACGGAGAUCGCAGUCUCUCUGUCACGAGUGCUUUGCCACAGUCAGACUCAGAAUACAGCUUAGAAUUAGAACUUGCACACGAGAUUGUACCUUCUAUGUGCACAUAUGUCGUUACUCCGUCCAAAAUAGAAGUGAAGCUGCGAAAGAAGGAGGGACUGAGAUGGAAUGUGUUGGAGGGAGAGGGAAAAGAAGAAGCUGUGAAGGCAAUACCACAAGCCAUAGUAGAUGCAUCCGGUCCACAACAUCCGCCCAAACUGUUCAAAAAAGAUUGGGACAAAAUAGAGAAAGACAUUAAGAAAAUGGAAGAAGAAGAGAAGCCUGAAGGAGAGGCAGCAUUAAACGCACUCUUCCAGAAGAUAUACGGAGAAGGCUCUGAUGAGGUCCGAAGAGCUAUGAAUAAAAGCUUUGUUGAAUCUGGAGGUACAGUUCUGAGCACAAACUGGAAUCAAGUCGCCAAAGAUAAGGUAGAGGUGAAGCCACCAGAUGGACUUGAAUUCAAGAAAUGGGAGAAUUAACAAGUAC